AUGGCGGCGGAGCGGGACGAGGAGCGGGACGGGCACCGAGCGCUCGGCCCGGGCACGGCCGGGGGGUCCCGGCGCUCCGCUCCGUUCGCCCCUGGGCAGGGGGUCAAGGAGAACGCCCGGCGCCGCUUGAGGGAGUUCGAUGUGCGGGACAGGUUCUCCCGCCUGCCGCUGCCCAAAGCCGCCGUGCUGCUGCCGCUGAUGGUGCGGGAGGGGCGGCUGCACCUGCUGCUCACUGUGCGCUCCAUGCAGCUGAGAAGAUCACCGGGGCAAGUGUGUUUUCCAGGAGGUAAAAGUGAAGCCAGUGAUAAAGAUGAAAUUGAUACUGCUCUCCGAGAAGCUAAAGAAGAAGUGGGACUCCAGCCAGAGAAGGUGGAAGUGAUCUGUAGGCUGGUGCCUGGAAUUGAUAAGAUGAAUCAUUUGGUGACACCAGUUGUAGGAUUUAUAGAGGAUGCAUUCCAGGCCACUCCUAACCCAGAUGAAGUGAGCGAGGUUUUUUUUGUGCCUUUGGAGUACUUCAUCAAGCCCUUAAAGUACAAGGCCUUGUCCUAUAAAACCUCAUCAGGUUCCUUAACUCUGAUGCACUGCUUUAUAUAUUAUGACCAGGAACAUAAAAAGUCAUUCAAGAUAUGGGGACUUACUGCACACUUUGCUGUAUUUCUUGCUCUUGUAAUUUUUGGAGAGAGACCUACCUUUGAAGUGGAUUAUGACCUUGACAACUUGAUUUCAUCCUCCGAGAAUUACUUUAUUAAUCUGUAUGCUUCUAUAUAUGAAAGAAAGAAGAGUAAUCUAUGACAAACUGGUCUGGCAAUCAGUUUAUACUGAAGGAGGAAAAAGGGUUUUGUUUAUUCCCACUGUACCUGUUAUUUGUUUGAAAGUUACACUUGAAUUUUUUUCUGAAUCGGGAACUUCUUAAAGCUUAUUUCUAACUAAUGUUUUUCAGUUGACUAGAUUAACAUAAUUUUUAAUCUCUUUUAAAGUUGCCAGAAGCACACAGCAUUUUUGAUGAAACACAGUUCUGGAAGGUCUGUUUCAGUUCCUGCCUCUGUUUUGUGUGAUCGGAGAUACUUUCUAUGGUUUGCCUUCUGUAUAAUGAGAUGAUACUAUUGUAUCUAAUUUGUGUCUCUUUGAGUUGGAAUAUGAAAGCUUUGGGGGGUCUGCCUGUCUUUAUAUAUGUGGCAAACUACGUAUGGACAACACAAUGGAUACAGUCUGAUGUGGUGUCUUUAAGCACUUACAAAACGCACAAUAAAAAUAUUAAAAGUGU